UUUUUUUUCUUGUUUUCUUCAUUAUGAUUCCUACAUUAAUUAAUAGACAAAUCUUAAAGUCAACUAUUCUUGAAAGUAGCCCGCGUAAAUUAAGACUACGAAAAGCACCUUUAACAUUGACCUCAGCAGCCGUAACAAGAUUAAGAGAAAUGUCACAAGGAGACAAACCACAAUUCUUAAGGGUUGGUGUUAAAAGUAAAGGCUGCUCUGGAAACUCUUAUAUGCUUGAAUUUACAGAUAAAAAGGGGAAAUUUGAUGAAGCAGUUAACCAAGAAGAUGUCACAGUAUUAGUCGAUUCAAAGGCACUGUUAACUAUUUUAGGUUCAGAGAUGGAUUACGUUGAGGAUAGCUUAUCUUCGCAAUUUGUAUUUCAUAAUCCAAAUGUUAAAGGAACUUGUGGUUGUGGUGAAUCAUUUACUGUAUAAAUUAUUUUACUCUAAUGGAAUAAAAAAAAAAAAUGACAGCAGCAUAAAAAUAUUUGAAAUAACUCAGCAACAAAAAAAAA